CUCCCGCUCCUGGCCAAUGCCUCUUCCAGUCCUGGCCUCCAGCCAUCCCAGGGCAGCCUCUGCUCCACCUCUGACGUGGGGCUCAUGGAGACAGUGGCUCCUGCUGCUCACACGUGUUGCUGGUUGUCUGACCCCCAAGGUGAGGCCAGAGUCCCUGAUUCUCACAUGUGAGCAAGAGGCCGCCUGUUCACCUGGUCGCAGGGCAUCCGGAAAUCCUUCCUCCAAGCAGGACAGAAUCCCUGGGAUGCCCACUAGAGGCCAGCCCCACCAGCAGGAUUCACGUCUGGAGAGGCCAGCCCUGGUGUGAACUGGCUGAACUGCUGUGUCUGGGAUGGGGGGUGCCCAGCUGUCUGACCAAUCUUCCUAGAACCAGGGUGAGAGGCCCUCAGAGAAGGCAUCUGGGCACCCUGAGCUCAGGAAGCCAGACUCUCGGCCACCACGUGACCUCUGGCCUCCAGGAACACCUCCACCUCGGGCCUGGAGUCACCCAGCCCGCAGCCCCGCUCACCCGCUCUGCUGUGCCCACGGCCCAGGCCCUGCUCUAGAGAGGGGAGCUGAAGCUACCUGGACAUCUUGCUUUGCGCCAGGUCUCAGCACACGGUCGCCUGGGACUUGAGGAUGCGAGAGGUUUUCUGACGGAGACCCCACUUUAUACGCUGGGCCUAAGCAUGUUUCCAACUUUGGCUGAUUCUCCACUUCCACAGCCGGUGUGUGAAGCUUACACGUUGGGAAGCCCUGGAUGGGGGAAGCUCCAUUUUGGGCUCCUCCCUUGGCUCUGGAGUUCCAGCUGCGGGAAGGCAGGGCAGGGCGCCGCCGUCACUCCAGGCACUUGAGGACUCAGAUGAGACUGCACAGCUGCCCCACCGGGCUCCCAGCCCAGGUCCCUGCAGGUCAGACGGCGUGGUGCCCCCAGAGUAGCUGGGGCAGGACCAGGUGAGGCCAGCCAGGUGGGAGCACUGGGCUGCUCCCACAGCCCCCUCGUGGCUGAGCACCCUUCUCAUCCCCAUUUCAUAGACGAGGCAGCAGGGGCACUGUGGUCUCCCCAGAUGUGAUCCAGCCCUUGCUCCCAGUCACCAUGCUUUCCCUCCUGCUUGGGUAGCAGCGGCCCAGCCACUGGCCAGGGUCAUAGGACGCUGGGGAGAGACCAACAAUCCCAGCAGGAUGACUCUCCAAACGGCCUGAGGGUCCAGCCUGCCCUCUCCCCCACCCAGCUGGGCACCCGUGGGGCAGCGAAGACCUGGCCAGAGCAGCGGCUCCGUCUCUGCUGUGUUGUCAUUCGAGGUGGACGUUGCAGAGGAAGGGGCUGCGGCAGGGGAGUGGACUCAGGAGGAGCGGUCAGCCAGCAGGAGGGCGGAUCUCUGGAGGAGGCCCCAUAGUGGACAGUCCAGGCUGACUGGCUCCCAGGGUCCUGGGCGUCGUGGUGGCCGUAAGUCUUGACAAGAGGCGGCUGUGCUCCCACAGGAGCAUUUGGGGGACCACGUGGCGGCUGGACUCACUGGGCCGUUUGCAGACCCUGAACUAGACCAUCCUUAGGCUGGGCAGCAGCCUUGUCUGUCAGCUGAUGGGAGCAGGUGUUUCAGGGCGCCCACCCCGUUUCCUGAUCGCUGCCGCGGUUACAGGGCUUGAGCACCAGCUCAGACAGUGGAGGGGCCGGGCGCGGCCCUGCAUGGGUUUGGGCAUCCCCAAAGUGGAAUCAGCCAGAGGUCACCACGGGAGAUACUCCUCCCGCCAGCUCCCGGGCGCUGCAGGUGCAGGGCCCUGUCCGCGAGGGCUCAGACCUGGGGCUGGAGCCCUGCCCGGGCACCGCCCUCACCUUCCUCCAACCCCCUCCUCCUGGGGAGUCGUGUCGAUGACAGAAAUGCACCCAAAGCCACAGACUCUGUCUUGUUUCUGUGUCCACGGGUUUGCCUGGGAAUGUCUUCAGUGAGCCUUUCCACAGGGCCCGGGACGUCAGGGAGGUGCGCCCCGCCCGGCCCUGCCCUGCCCGUGUUUACAGGGAGGCACUCCCAGGCGUGGCUAUAAUUAGAAGUCAAUUAAGUCAGAAACCCUCGGCAUUGUCCUUGGAAGGCCUCCAGGGCUGCUGUUUCCUGGGGGAGCCUCAGGUCUGAGACUCGAGGAAACCCACCGUCCUGACUCAGGCCCGCUGCCCGCGGGGGGCUGGCUCCCCGGUUCCGGCCUUUGUCUGUGCCGUCCCUCCCCACCUGGCGGACUGCAGGCCCCGGCUUGCCGCUCGCUGGGAGGAAAACACCCAGGAGUUCACGGCCCGGUGCCUGGCGCUUUCAUCUGGCCUGGUCUGUUCGGGGUUUUCAAACAAAACGGAGUUCUGAAUGCUGGUAAACCCGUGGGAGAGGAUGGCCCACGAGAAAGGCUGCACUCGGACGGCCUGGCUGCCUGUCCUGUUGGCAUCCCUGACGUGCUCGGCGGGAGCAGAGUACUCCAGCUGCGGGGAGAACGAGUUCUACAACCAGACCACCGGGCUGUGCCACGCGUGCCCCCAGUGUGGGCUGGGGGAGGAGCCCUACCUGUCCUGUGGCUAUGGCACCAAAGAUGAGGACUAUGGCUGCGUCCCCUGCCCCGCAGAGAAGUUCUCCAAAGGAGGCUACCAGAUAUGCCGGCGCCACAAAGACUGUGAAGGCUUCUUCCGGGCCACGGUGCUGACUCCAGGGGAUGCGGAGAACGAUGCUGAGUGUGGGCCUUGCCUCCCUGGCUACUACAUGAUGGAAAACCGGCCCCGGAACAUCUACGGCUUGGUCUGCUACUCCUGCCUGCUGGCGCCGCCCCACACCAAGGAGUGUGUGGGAGCCACCGCGGGAGUUUCUGCCAACCUCCCCCGCACACCUGGCGGCAGCACCCUCUCCCCGGCCCAGCACGCCCACAAAGCAGAGCUCUCGGGCCAAGGACACCUGGCCACAGCCCUGGUCAUCGCCAUGUCCACCAUCUUCACCAUGGCCGUCAGCAUCGUCCUCAUCAUCGUCUUCUACAUCGUGAAGGCCCGGCCUCCCGCCCCAGCCUGCUGCGCCAGCCCCCCGAUGAAGAGCCCGGAAGCCCCCAUGUGCGAGGAAGAGGAGAAGAAAGAGGCCCCAGAAAAUGUGGUGAUCUUCUCUGAGAAGGACGAAUUCGAAAAGCUGACAGCUGCUCCGGCAAAGUCUGCCAAGAGCGAGAAUGACGCCUCAUCAGAGAAGGAGCAGCUGCUGAACCGGAGUCUGGACAGCGACGAGGACCCGGCCCCCGACGGGCAGGGCUCUCCAGAGCGGUGCUUGCUGUCGCUGGUCCACCUGGCCCGGGAGAAGUCGGCCACCGCCACCAGAGCGGCCGGGAUUCAGAGUAGAAGGAAGAAGAUACUGGAGGUGUACGCCCAGGUGUGCGGGGUCGCGGAAGGCCUCAGCCCCACGGAGCUGCCGUUCGACUGCCUGGAGAAAGCCAGCCGGAUGCUCAGCUCCACAUACAACUCGGAGAAGGCGGUGGUGAAGACGUGGCGCCAUCUGGCCGAGAGCUUCGGGCUGAAGCGGGACGAGAUCGGGGGCAUGACGGAUGGCCUGCAGCUGUUCGACCGCAUCAGCACUGCCGGCUACAGCAUCCCGGAGCUGCUGACCAAGCUGGUGCAGAUCGAGCGGCUGGAUGCCGUGGAGUCCCUGUGUGCAGACAUCCUGGAGUGGGCCGGGGUCCUGCCACCCACACCCCCACCACCCCCUGUGUCCUGA